AUGGAUGUUGGCUCGUUAUCCUGUGGAUAUUUUCAAAUCAAGCGCCCCUACUAUAUCGAUUGCGGGACGCCGGGGAAGAAGAGCGGAGAAUCGUUGGAUACGGCUUGGAAACGCUGCGCCGAUGACCUGAGCUGCGCCACAAAAUGCGUUCAAAGUUAUGUAGCUCGGUAUAAGGGAGGAUGCCCCGGAAAAUCGGCAUGCGAACAAAUGGCCCGCCUACACAAUGGAGGUCCUGCCGGCUGCAAAACCUCGGCCACAAACAACUACUGGAAUGCCGUUAAAAAAUGCUGCAAAUGU